UUGCAGAUUCGAGAGAUACGCAACCAACUGUGCCAUUCUGGAAACAUGAUGAUUAAAACAGUGGACUUUCGAGGACUCAUUCAGCACAUGAAAGAUGUUUUAAUGCUAGACAUAUUCAAUACAUACGAAGCUGCCAGAAAUCAACUCACAAAAAUCAUCAGUUUAGAAAUUGAUGACAAAUGCAUAACGGUGGAAGACGAAAUUGAGGCCAGAGAAGAAAUACUUACAGCUAUUAAAGAUUUAAAAUGUUCGAUACAAGUGCAACAAGAAGGCCAACAAGAAAGGGAUGCUAAUAUUGAUAGUUUAAGACAUCAGCUGGCUAAUUUAGCAAGUAACGAAGAGGGACAUAUUCGACAAAUUCACCAACGAUUUCGAGAAAUAGAAUCGCACAUGAACAAAUUGAGAGAUGAACAUAUGGAAGCAAAUGUAAAGCUUCAAAAACACAAAGCUAUUCUGGAGAACAUUAACGAGUCCGUGACCAUUCAAGCAGCAGACAUAAAAUGGAUUAAAAAAACGCUUGACGAGGAAUUCAAACCAAUUCUGAAAAAGAAUGAAGCAAACUGUGAAGUAUUGAUGGAACUAGGCAGAAAAAUCGAUUUGAUUCUUGCAGCCAUUAGUAACAAGCCAGGAACUAGUUCUUACAGCUUUUGGAGAGAUCCAAAACGGUAUUUGAAUGGGAAAAUAGACUCAUACUUUGAGCCAAUUCAACAGCAUCUGCGGACGUAUUUAGGCUACGAGGAUUUGGAGCUCACCGUCGAUAUCUACGAAGAAGACUUCAAGUUAGAGGCCGCUACAGACGUAAACGACGACCCAUGUUUUGCUAAACAACCAAGUUACUCGGGAUCUGAUGCUAACCUUAGCGCGAAGUACUCAAUGGGAGCUAUUGUGAUCACUCUUUUGUCGGCUCCCAAAGUCUAA